AUGGUCAAUAGCAAGAACCACAUCACACACAAAAAGUCUCGAAAAUGGCACAGGAAUGGCAUUAAGAAACCUUGGUCACAAAGAUACAAAUCUCUGAAGGGGGCAGAACUGAAGUUCCUCAGGAACAUGAGUUUUGUCAAGAAGCACAACAAGAAGGGGUUUAAGAAGAUGCAAGCAAACAAUGCCAAGGCCGUGAGUGCAUGCGCCGAGGCUAUCAAGGCCCUCAUCAAGCCCAAGGAGGUCAAGCCCAUGAUCACCCCAAAGGGAGUAAACUGCAGGCUCGCUCGACUUGCCUAUAUUGUCCACUCCAAGCUUGGGAAGCAUAUUUGUGCCUGCAGUGUCAAGGGUCGCAGGCCUUGCUGGCCAAAGGCCCAGGCUCCAGCCAAGGCCCAGGCUCCAGCCAAGGCUGAGGCUCCAGCUUCUGUUCCAGCCCAUGUUCCCAAAGGUGCCCAGACCCCCAAAGGUGCCCAGGCCCCCAUGAAGACUCUACAGUAA